GCGCUUUCUUAUUGCUCUUUUGCGAUGGAGAAGGUCUCGAAAGGAACGGCACAUGCGAGGCUGCUGGCAGAAAACAGGAAUCCAGACCUUACCCCAGGCACCACGAACACUAUGCCAAAAAACGCACAUCCAUCCGCACGUCAGCUGUAAGAGGACCGAUGAUGACAGGAGGUGCAAGGAGGAGCACAGCGAUGGGAGAUAGAUUAGGCUUAUACGUGAGGCUGAUAGCAGUGAGUGCGUUACUAGGAGCUGAUCUGAGCCGCCUGGGACUGAAAGACCAGGGUGGGGUCAAUGCUCAGACCACCGAUAGAAGGGUUUUGACCCACAUCCCCGGUGACAUCAUCAUAGGAGCUCUGUUCUCCGUCCACCACCAACCGCCCGCAGACAAGGUCCAUGAGCGAAAGUGCGGUGCGGUGCGUGAGCAGUACGGGAUCCAGAGGGUAGAGGCCAUGAUGCACACUCUGGAUCGAAUCAACGCAGACCCCACUAUUCUCCCAAAUAUCACCCUGGGCUGUGAGAUCAGGGACUCAUGCUGGCACUCUGCAGUGGCGCUGGAGCAGAGCAUCGAGUUCAUUCGGGACACACUGGUGUCCAAUGAAGAGGAGGAGAGCCACGGCAGGUGUACUGCUGAGGCAGGGAGCAUGUUGCUGCAGGCCAAGAAGCCCAUCGUGGGACUCAUUGGACCUGGAUCCAGCUCUGUGGCCAUCCAGGUGCAAAAUCUCCUCCAGCUCUUCAACAUCCCACAGAUCGCUUACUCGGCCACCAGCAUGGAUCUCAGUGACAAGAGCCUGUAUAAGUACUUCAUGAGGGUGGUGCCAUCGGAUAUGCAACAGGCGAAAGCCAUGGUGGACAUUGUCAAGAAAUACAACUGGAGCUACGUGUCGGCGAUACACACAGAGGGUAACUAUGGCGAGAGUGGCAUGGAAGCGUUUAAAGACAUGGCAGCAAAGGAGGGGAUCUGCAUUGCUCACUCCGAUAAGAUAUACAGCAACGCUGGCGAACAGAGCUUUGAUAAGCUACUGCAGAAGCUCCGAGCCCACCUGCCCAAAGCCAGGGUCGUGGCCUGUUUCUGCGAGGGCAUGACGGUCAGAGGCAUAUUGAUGGCCAUGAGACGGCAGCGUCUGGUGGGAGAGUUUCUGCUGGUUGGAAGCGAUGGCUGGGCAGACAGGUACGAUGUGACAGAUGGCUAUGAGAGGGAGGCGGCCGGUGGAAUCACAAUAAAGUUAAAGUCGGCCUAUGUGACCUGGUUCGACGAUUAUUACCUGAACUUGAAGCCCGAUGCCAACCUGAGAAACCCUUGGUUCCCCGAGUUCUGGCAACACCGCUUCCAGUGCAAGUUGAUCGGACAUCCGCAGGAGAGCAGCUUGUACAACCGCACCUGCACCUGGAGAGAGUCUCUGCGCCAUCAGUACGCCCAGGACACCAAGAUGGGCUUCGUCAUCAACGCCAUCUAUUCCAUGGCUUACGGACUGCACGCCAUGCAGCAGUCCCUCUGUCCAGGAUACAAGGGGUUGUGUGAGACCAUGCGGCCCAUCGACGGCCGCAAGCUGCUGGACUUCUUGAUGAGAACCAACUUCACUGGUGUGUCUGCAGAGACCAUCUACUUUGACCAGAAUGGAGACUCGCCUGGCAGGUAUGAAAUCAUGAACUUCAAGCGCACAGGCGAAGAUGAGUAUUCUUACAACCACGUGGGAAGCUGGGACCAGGGGGGCUUGAAGAUGAACGAUGAGGAAAUCUGGAGUAACAACAGUGAAAUCAUCCAGUCCGUUUGCUCUGAGCCGUGCCAGAAGGCACAGAUCAAGGUUAUCCGCAAAGGAGAAGUGAGCUGCUGCUGGACUUGCACUCCUUGCAAGGAGAACGAGUUUGUGUUUGAUGAGUACACUUGUCGAGCCUGUGUCCUUGGCUUUUGGCCCACAGAUGACCUCACUGGUUGUGAGCCGAUCCCUGUGCAGUAUGUGCGCUGGGGGGAUCCAGAGCCCAUUGCUGCCGUGGCCUUCUCCUGCCUGGGCCUUAUGGCUACGCUUUUUGUUACGUCCGUCUUCAUCAAGUUUUGGGACACUCCAGUGGUCAAGUCGUCUAGCCGUGAGCUCUGCUACAUCAUCCUGGUUGGAAUAUGUCUGGGCUAUCUUUGCACCUUCAGCCUUAUCGCCAAGCCCCACAUUGUCUACUGCUACCUCCAACGGCUGGGAAUCGGCCUGUCCCCUGCCAUGAGCUACUCUGCGCUGGUCACCAAGACCAACCGUAUAGCAAGGAUCUUGGCAGGCAGCAAGAAGAAGAUCUGCACCAAGAAACCGCGCUUUAUGUCCGCCUGCGCACAAUUGGUCAUCGCCUUCCUACUCAUACUGCUGCAGUUUGGGAUUAUUGUGGCACUUUUUAUCAUAGAGCCACCAGAGGUGAUCUAUGAUUACCCCAGUAUCCGGGAGGUGCACCUGAUCUGCAAUCUGACCACCCUGGGGGUGGUGGCGCCGCUAGGCUACAACGGCCUGCUCAUCCUGAGCUGCACCUUCUACGCCUUCAAGACUCGAAAUGUUCCGGCUAAUUUUAAUGAGGCCAAGUAUAUUGCCUUCACCAUGUACACCACGUGCAUCAUUUGGCUGGCCUUUGUUCCUAUUUACUUUGGGUCCAACUACAAGAUCAUAACCAUGUGCUUUAGUGUCAGCCUCAGCGCCACAGUGGCUCUCUGCUGCAUGUUUGUCCCAAAGGUGUACAUCAUGCUUGCCAAGCCUGAGAAAAAUGUCCGGAGUGCUUUCACAACCUCCACAGUGGUGCGCAUGCACGUGGGGGAUGCCAAGAAAGUGACAAAGACUGGCAAAUCCUCUAGCAGCAUGGCCAACUUGUUCCGACGGCGUGGUUCUGUGCAAGACAACACCAGUUCCAAUGGGAAAUCAGUGACAUGGUCGCAGAAUGAGCGCGGCCACAGGCCAAACAUAUGGAAGAGGAUGUCGUUCCACGUCAAGAAAAAGGAGGUAGUUGAGACAAACCAGACCGCCAUCAUCAAGCCUUUCUCUGAAGGAGGAGACGCGCCCGCGGACACCGGCGUCAGAGAGCAGUUUGCAGAGCAACAGGUGUCUCAGCACUUCAGCUGCUCCCCUUCUCCGUCACCGAGGAGCUUCCAUGGAGGUGAGGGUGCCGAGGAUGCCUCACCCACUUGUGAAACGGAGCACCCGGCUGGGGUCAGGAGAAGAGGCGGGGACAGCGGCCAGUGUGAUGGUAUGGCGGACGGCGGGGACAUUAGCGUCAUCGGCGUGGGCGACAUCGGCAUAGGGAUGAUCGGUGGCCAGGCUCAGGGCGCCACCAUCAUGGACCAAAUCAGCUGCGUGGUCAACCGCUUCACCGCCAACAUCAGCGAGCUGAACACCAUGAUGCUGCCGGGCGGCGUCCCCGCCAACCCCUCGUCCGCCGCCGCUGUCCCGCCCGCGGCCGCAGAGGCCGCCCCCGGCCCGCCUCAGUACCUCGGAUCCAGAGGCAGGCAGGCCGCCGCCGCCACUGUCACCACAUACGCCGAGGUGGCCGUCGUCUCCAAUCUCUGCGAGAAUCGACCAGCGGGUAAGAUUUACGAGCACCUGGCCGGGACUUGCGUAAGCAGCAGGCGAGCCAAGGACAUGGAGGAGCUGGUCGCUCUGACGCCUCCAUCCCCGUUUAGAGACUCAUCUCUGAGCUCCAGCGACAGCUCACCCCCCUCGCUGUCGCCAGCCUCUGAGGCUGAGUACGACCAGCUGCUGCUGAGACACUACAGCCAAAGCUCCUCUUCUCUCUAAACAUGCUCGCGCUACACAUUCUUGCUGGCCCUCGUUUAUCCUCCAUCCUGAAGGAACUGCGUCAGACCCCGAGCAGACUGGUGGAUGCCCUUCUGUGUGCGGGUAUUCUGAUAUAUUUAGGAGGUUUUUUUAAUUGAAUUUAAAGAUUGGAUUAGAUUAACUCGAACAUUGGAUAGGUACCAUUGUUGAGACGGGAAAUUCUAAAUGCUGAAAUGAAGCUGUGCAGCUUCAGUGCUUCAUCGUUGUCUCCGAGUAAAGGACUUGAGAAACUGAAACACACUUGUGGGCAUUUUACAGACUACAGGUAUCUACAUAUUUGAAUCCCAAAGAAAAUACUCAUACGUUUAGAAAACAUAGGUAAAAUUACCUUUAGCAUUUUUUUAUUAUAUAUUGGUUAUCAAUCUUAAAUGGGAAUAUUUACCAAUUAUUCAUGUUUGGUGUUUUAUAUAUUCCAAAUUGGUUCGUACUCUGACUCUCAAAAUGGCAUUUGAAUUGUUUAGUUAAGUGCAGGUAUUCCAACACUCAACGUAGUUGUAUUUAAGUUGUCAAAUUGCUUAUAGUAUAUGAUUGUGUUUGACUCUUCUUUAAUGUUUUGAGACCUGCUGGAUGCAGAUCGUAUCAGCAUGAAGGCAUCUUUCCAGACAAUUGCUGAAACAACAGCAACUGUUUGACCCAUUUCUCCUUACUUCUAAUGUGUUGUUAGUCUUGAAGGACACGAACAUUUAGUAUUGUGAUGCUGGAGUAGAAAGUGUACAGAUGCUGCACUAAUGUACGCAAAUCCAAAAGCGUGUGGAGAAUACUUAACAGCUCUCCCGACAACAAAAGGCACGACCCCCAACAGGUGUCUUGCACACAAAGAGAUUAUGAACUUCUUGGAUGUUUUCCUUAAUUCUUUCUUUUAGAUGUGAUUUAUCUGAAUGAUUGUUGUAAUGAAGUGGACCAAAACGAUCAACCACCUCAGGAUGUGUCUGAACCUCAGUACUUUCACAUUCAACUCGUACCUGCUGAACGACUGCUGUCGUUUGUUGGCUCAAAGUGUUUCCAGUUUGCAUGAUGUCGAGAUUUGGUUGCACUUAUUUAAGCUAUAUUUGUAAUAAGUUACUUUUUGAUAUUGUAAAUGUAAAACCGAUAACACAAAUAGCUACAGUAGCAGGACAAUGAUACUAUCUGUGUGUGUGCGUGUUUAUAUUGAUGCAUUUUUAAGAUUAGUUUUAGGAGGAGAGAGGUGAACAGUUGUUUCUGGCUGUGUCGAUGUUUCUUAGCUUGUUUCUAUAGCUGAGCUCAUGUUUCAGGCAUUAUAACGAGGAUAUUCUUUUUUUUACUAUUAAUUAUGCUUGAAAUAUUCAAUGAAUAUACUUUUUUGUAUCUGCAUUUUGGCCUCCCUGAUGAUGUAGGUGAAUGCCAGUAUGGAUUGAAAGGCUAGCAGAUGUAACUGAUGAUAGAAACGGAGCUGGCUUUCGCUUGUUUAUCUGUCAUUGAGUCCCUAUUCUUUCUGAAUGUUUACAAAGGCAGGAGUGCAUCCAUGCUUUGUUUUAAAUGUGCAGGAUUCUUUUAUACUGACUGUUAAUGUGAGACAUUUGCCAUAUUUGCAUGCUGGUUUGUUUACAUUUUGCAGGUGUAUACUAUGCGUUAUGCCAAUAAUUCACUGAUGUUAUCUACAGAAGACAUUUGUUGCUUAUCUCUUCAUCUGCCUUUCAGAAAACCUGAAUUUACAAUUUAAACGUGUGCUGCAUUAAAGGUUUCCAUCCAAAUUAAAUGCAGUAUCUUUCAA